GAGUGGUUCUCGGUGUUCGUCGUAGAAAAACUAAACGGCGAGUGUUUGCAUUUCCGGGAUCGAAUUAAGGUGAAAACAAAUAAGGAGAAACGAAAGGGGCAAAGAUCGAAACAGAAGAGCAAAAUUGAAAUAGUAAUCCAUUAAUGGUCUUGAUGAUCAUUAAAGGUAUAUUUAGGAGAUAUGAGAAAUGGAAUCCUGUUCAUCCUACUUAUGGAGCAUUUUGGGGAAUGGGGAUCGGGAUUGGUUGUGGCGUCGGAUGGGGACCUGGUUUUGGCCCUGAGGUCAUUGGCUAUGUCGGUGCAGGCUGUGGCGUUGGUUUCAGUGUUGGUAUAACACUUGCUGGUCUCGGCAUUGGUCUCCCCACAAAUCUUCUUCUUGCAGCUCCUUAUAACACUGUGGAAGCAACUAGAAAGAGCGCUUUGAAGUUGUUUGGUAAAAAUCUUUCAUUUGAUGGAUGGAGCGAUGUUAUGCCUCAAUUUUCGGGGUUGCAGAGACAAGUCAGUGAGAUGUGCUCUGGUUUUAACAAGAAACCUCUCUCAGAUAAUGCCAUUGACAUAAAAAGUUUGCCCUUGUUUAUUUCACAUGAAUGUGGAAGAUUUGGGAGUCAUCUUCUCCUUGAGCGCAAAGGUUUGGAGGUCAAGAAUCGUAGAGAUUCAUCAGCUAUGUAAUGUCAUCCACCACGAGGAUCUCAAGCAUCUGAGACACUCUUUGCGAGAUUUUGAUUGGAUAGUCAGCACAAAUCAGAACCCUGUUUCCUGGCUUGUUUGGAGAAACACUAUGAAACAAAUCUGCAGCACUUGUGUCUGAGUCGAUGUUACAGUUACAGAGAUACAUCUCCGAGGAUUGGGAU